AUGAGUAAUUUUUCUGGGGAAGAUCAGUCUUGCCUGAGAGAUCCCCAGGACACUGAAGAGUUUACUAAAGAGCCCAGUGAAGAGUCUGGACCCUCAUGCUCACAGUAAGACAACCGACCCACUGCAGUUUCCUGUGAGAAAUACAAAUUCAACCGACAGGACUUACAUUUCAACUAACUGAACUAACUCCAACAAUACUUUCACUCUCAGUAUAAGUUCGUGCUGUAUUGGAAAAGUUUGGGUACUCUGCUGUUGAAAAGUUCUUCUGUUUUUGCACUUUUCUUGGAUGUAGCACAUACAUGUUCCUCCCCCUGCAGUGCACUGGUCAGCUUAAUGACUACAAGUAUGAUUCAAAUUCAAAUUUUCAAAUUCAAUUUUAUUUAUAUGGCACUUUUCAUACAAAAAAAUGCAAUUCAAAGUGCCUCACAGAGGCUAAAAACAACAAUAAUGACAAUAAAACCCAACCCUCCCAUCCACACACACACCCAUGAACCCACACGCACACAAAGACACACACCCACCCUCACUCAACCUCACAUACACACACACAACCGCACUCAGUGUGAGAUUUUAAGACAUAUUGCUAGAGAUACAUGGCCUGACACCAAGACAUCACGCGAGGAAAGAGCUACCUUUAGGAAACACUGGAGAUAAAAAUAGAGAUAAGAAUGGUGAAAAGAGUAAAACCUGAUGGACUAAAACAAGAAUAUUAAAUGAAUAGAUAAGUAAAAAGUAAAAGCUCUUUACCAUAUAAAAAGGGGGUAAACGAAGUAAAAACCUGUGAUGGGAAUAAAGAAAAAGACAAGAACAGAGAUAAUUAAUGGAAUGAUAUAAAAUAAACAUUAGGAACUUUAAAGUUUAAACUUUUAAGUUAAAAGUAAAAACUUUUUUAAAAAACUUUUUUUUUUUUUUUAAACUUUUUAAACUUUAAAGCCCUAAGGCUUUCCGGCAGGCUGUUCCACAACCAGGGACCAUAAAAACUGAAAGCCGCCUCCCUGUGUGUUUUUGUUUUGACUCUGGGUAAGGUUAAAAGGCCUGUGCCAGAGGACCUCAGGGCCCGCGAGGGUUGAUAUGGUAAAAGUAAGUCAGAUAAAUAGGAGGGCCCAAGACCAUUAAUACAUCUAAAAACUAAUAAAAGAACCUUAAAAUCAAUCCUGAAACAGACGGGGAGCCAAUGCAGCGAUGCUAAAACUGGCGUUAUAUGCUCUCGCCCUCUGGCCCUUGUCAGCACUCUUGCAGCUGAACUCUGUAAAAGCUGACGUGUAUGUAAGUUCUUCUUUGGGAGGCCAGAGAGCAGGGCAUUACAAUAAUCUAAACGAGAAGAGAGAAAAGCAUGCAUCAGCACCUCCGUGCUGGCCUGGGAGAGAAACGGGCAGACCCUGGCUAUAUUCUUAAGGUGGUAAAAACCUACCUUUGCCAUGUUUUUGAUGUGUGGAAUAAAACUGAGCUCAGAGAUGAAAAUCAUGCCCAGGUUUUUUACAGAUGUUGAUACUUUAAAAUCUUGUAGUUUUGGUAAAAGUGUCUCUCUCAGGCCUUCAGGACCUAUAACUAAAACCUCUGUUUUGUCCUGGUUGAGCUGCAGGAAGUUGGCUGCCAUCCAGGACUUGAUGUCUAAAAUGCAAUUUAAAAGGGCAUCAAUUGGCCCGCUAUCAUCAGGAGACACGGACAUGUACAGUUGUGUAUCAGCAGCAUAACUGAGUUGGACCUAAAAUUGACCCCUGGGGAACCCCACACAUAAUUUUAUGGGUCUGUGAGGAACAUGUAUCCAUACUUACUAAGAAGUGUCGAUCAGUGAGAUAAGAGGUGAACUAGUUAAAAACAGUGCCUGAGAGGCCGACCAGUUGCAAAAGUCUAUGAUGUAUGAAUCAUUGAAAUACUGGGAACUGUGUGUCUUGGUUUGACAUCAUGCUUAAGAUUAUCUGUAUGUAGGAGCCUUGUAUGGACUCCAUUUCCAUGGCGGCCUUCUUCUUGUCACAUCAUGCUCAGGAUGGGAAUCUUGUGUCUCUGUAUCCUGUAUUUCAAAGUUUAUUACAUGCAACAGCUGGAUGCAGCCAAAGUUGUUGGAUGCUUGUUGAAUUUAACUUUUAUUCAUCUGGAUGUGUCAGAACUAUCACAGACAUAUUGAAUUCUUUUUCACAUAAUUUAUAACAUAAAAACCUUUCUGAUUUUCUGGUUUGACCCCUAAAUAACAAAAGCAACAUUCAGUGAGGCAGAGAACUCUGGGUGUAAAAGAUGCAGAAUCCAGCCACAUGUGAUCCACUGGUAUCCUCUGAUCCAGAAAGGUCUCAUUGUGCUGUUGUUACCAAUUCCCACUCAUGACAGCAUUGAGUUUUCCCAGUUUGCAGUUUACAGCUGCACCAUCAGGGAACUUGGGGUCUCCCUGUUCUCCAGUCAGCAUAGGAACCCCUAAACCCUCUUCUUUGACACUGAGCAACACCAGUCUUUCAAAAACUUUGAUUCAUUACAGUGUCCUCUUGUGUCCAUUCUCAUUGUAACAAUAACAGCAACUUAUCAUUACUGUCAGAAUCUCUCAUUUUUGAGUUUGGUUGUAUUUUUGUUUUCUUUUGACAGGCUUUCUGACUUCAAAGUAAAGCCCCAAUAAAUGACCAAAUACUGCGCAUAUUUACAUUUCCACUUCAUGCUUUGGUUAGAGUUUGUUCAAAUUACACCAUUGCAAAUUGUUACUAGCCCAGGUUAGGUUCCAGGUCACUGGCCUGUUUCCCAACAAAGAGGGCAAGCUGAUGGAGAUUCCCUGGGGCUAAUGGACUUACUAAUGACAGGUGGUCUCACACAAACCAACUUGAAAAAACCAAACUAUCCCUUAAGCGAAAACCAGGAGGGUUAAAAGUUGAAGAGGAAUCAUUUUCCCCUCAAAACUGAAGAAUACAGUCACAUGGCAAAGUCUGGAAGUUUUUUGGCAGUGGUCAGUAAAUCAUGUAGUAACUGAAAAAUGUUUUCACAGGGCGAUUUAUGUUUCUACAGUACGUAAGCGAUCCUACUGUGCUGUGUGUCAGGAUGUCUUGAAGGACCCUGUCUCUACCAGCUGUGGACACUGGUUCUGCAGAAAGUGUCUCACCUCAUACAGAGACCAGUCUGGUUCACAUGAAGACAGCUCCUGUCCGCAGAGUGGAAAAAAAAGCAGAACAGGACCCGAAUCUCCAACAGUCCGACAAAGUAAGAGCGUAAACCUGCGUAUGAAUGUUCUCAACAAAAUAACAGCUAACAACUGAUGAUUUGAAUCAUGACAAGUAAGUAACAUGACUUAGUAAAAGGCACUCCAGAGAGGCUGAGCCUCUUGGAGGUUAAGAUGGGAAUAGGGUCUCUGCUCUGUGAGAGACUGCAAAACCAAAUAUCUGUGUAGGUUCUCACUUAUCCAUGUCAUGGUUAUCCAAUCUUUUGUUGAAAGGUCAACUGGACUUGUUUGGGGUUCUUGAAGAUGUUCCUCCUCUCUCCCAAAAGGCUUCUUCAGUUCUAAAGUGACUGGGGACAUAGUGGCUUGGGGAAGCCUCCUGGUUGUCUUGCUUGCAUAAUGUUGGAGCCUGUUAUCCAGCACAAAAGCAAUGUUUUGAUUUUUUUUUUUUUUAAAGAAUCCAAAGCACAAGGAAAAAGGAACCCAAAGGAAUUGUAAACAACUCAAGAGCCAAAAACCAAUACUGGAUGGCUGUGAACCUAAGGUGACACUAAAUAAAAAACAAGCAUGGCUCUUGAAAGGCUGCCUAUCCAUAGUCCAUGUUAAAAGAAUGGAAGGUCCACACAAAUGAUCGGUUUUAUAAGCUUUACUUGUUGCAGAUCUGGGUUACCUCUUUAACAUGCACUCACAGUAAUAUGUAGGCCAAAUUAUUUUAAAUUUCCAUCCAUUUGAAAUAAUUAGAUUUAACAUAAACAGGAAUCUUUGUUGAUCCACUGUUCUUUACAUGUAAGGGGACUUUGGUCAAAGUAGAAAACUGUGAUCUUGAAAUCUUGGACACUGCCUCUGCUACUCAUAGGAGCACAUGAGUCGCUUUUCUAUCAGCUCCCAGUCCAAAUCCAGCCUCCCUGAUGGUAUGGGGAUCAUUAGAGUCCAUGUCAUGGGUAGCUGCCACAUCUUUGAAGGCUCCAUUCAUGCUGAACAAUAUCUACAGUUUUAGGAGCAACAUCUGCUGCCAUCUAGGCAAUGACUUUUGCAGGGAAGACCUUCAUAUUUAAGGAAGACAAUGACAAACCACAUUCUGACAACCGGGAUUACAACAGAAUUAGUGUUGUGCAUUGAUUAAAAAAAACAAAAAUAACUGACUUUGCUUUGUCCUUCCUAGUGAGAGGAGUCCUACAGGAGGUUUUAAAUGAACACAGAAUCAGCUUAAGGGAAAGAUGUGAACAUGUGACUGAGGGAACUGAUGAAGCCAGAAGUACCACCCUCCUGAGCAGGAUCUACACUGAGCUCUACAUCACUGAGGGACAGAGUAAAGAGGUGAACAACCAACAUGAGGUGCGGCAGCUCGAGACAACAUCCAAGGCCCACCAUGACCCUCCAGUUAAGUGCCAUGAGAUCUUUAAGGCCCUACCUGGUCAACAGAAACACAUCAGAGUGGUUCUGACCAACGGUGUGGCUGGUGUUGGAAAAACUUUCUCAGUACGGAAGUUCACCCUGGACUGGUCAGAGGGCUCAGAAAACCAAGACAUCAGUCUGGUGGUUCUGCUUUCAUUCAGGGAGCUGAACCUGGUCAGAGAUAAGCGCUACAGUCUUCUGAGUCUGCUCCAUGUUUUCCAUCCAACACUACAGAAGGUCGCAGCAGAGACGCUGGCUGUCUGUAAACUUCUGUUCAUCUUUGACGGUCUGGAUGAAAGCAGACUAUCUCUGGAUUUUUAUCACUAUGAGGUUGUUUCUGAUGUCGCACAGGAGUCAUCAAUCAACAUCCUGUUCAUGAAUCUCAUCAGUGGGAAUCUGCUCCCCUCAGCUCUCAUCUGGAUAACUUCUCGACCUGCAGCAGCCAAUCAGAUCCCUCCUUCAUGUGUGGACAGGGUAACAGAAGUACGAGGCUUCACUGACGCCCAGAAGGAGGAGUACUUCAGGAAGAGGUUCAGGGAUGAAGAUCUGUCCAGAAGAAUCAUGUCACACAUCAAGUCCUCCAGCAGCCUCCACAUCAUGUGUCAGAUCCCGGUCUUCUGCUGGAUCACUGCUAAAGUUCUGGAGCGCAUGAUGAGCACAGGGGAUAGAGGAGAGCUGCCCAAGACCCUGACUGACAUGUACUCACAAUUCCUGCUGGUCCAGACAAAGAGGAAGAAGCACAAGUAUGAAGAGGGUCAUGAGACAAGUCCUCAGGAGCUGAUGGAGGCUGACCGGGAAAUACUUCUGAAGCUGGGGAGGCUGGCCUUUAAAAAUCUGGAGGAAGGAAAAAUCAUGUUCUACCAAGAAGACCUGGAGCAGUGUGGUCUAGGUGUCUCAGAGGCCUUGGUGUACUCAGGAGUUUGUACAGAGAUCUUUAAACCAGAGAGUGUGAUCUUCCAGCAAACUGUCUACUGCUUCAUUCAUCUGAGCGUUCAGGAGUUUCUUGCCGCUGUCUACAUGAUCCACUGUUUCACAAGCAAGAAAAACAAAGAACUGAAGGCUUUCCUCAAAGCAAAAAGCGUUAAUUUUAGCCUGGACUCCCUCUUACAAGCAGCAAUGCAGAAAUCCCUGACAAGUAAAAAUGGCCACCUAGAUCUGUUUGUUCGCUUCCUUCAUGGGCUGUCCCUCGAGUCAAACCAGAGACUCUUGAGAUGCUUACUGGGCCAGGUAAACAACAGUCCUGAAGUAAUCCAAAGAAUCAUUGAAAACCUGAAGAAGAUGAACUCCAAAAUAUCUCCUGACAGGAAUAUCAAUAUCUUCCAAUGUCUGGUAGAAGUGAACGAUCUGACAAUAAAUCAGGAGAUCCAAGACUUCCUGAAGUCAGGGAACACAUCAGAGUACAAGCUCUCAGAGAUCCACUGCUCUGCUCUGGCUUACAUGCUGCAGAUGUCAGAGGAGGUUCUGGAUGAAUUAAAUCUGGAGAAGUACAACACAACAGAGGAAGGACGAUGGAGACUGAUUCCAGCAGUGAGGAACUGCAGAAAGGCCAUGUAAGUACAGAUGAGGGUCAAAUAAAAGUCCAGUUUUAUUUAGCAUCUCCUGGCCUCAUAUUUGGCAGCGGGUGAGAAUAUUUAAAUUAAAACUGGGUUUUCAUUUUAGGAUCAAAUCCUGCCUUUCUUCUGAGUCCAGAAAAGAGACUAUAAUCACUGUCACAUCUACGUCUGUUCUGGGUUACAAGGAUGUGUGAUACACACACACACACCUCUCUCCUUAGUUGGGGGCAGACACUUCUUAUCUGUCAUGACAAAUUUUAUUGAAUUAUAGGAAUUUACUCUUACAUUUACUUUCAUGUAGCUUAGGGUGACCAUACGACCUAUUUUAACUGGACAUGUCCUCUUUUGGGGGGCUGUCCGGCCUGUCUGGGUGGAGUUUAUAAAAUCCUUCAAAUGUCUAGGCUUUUGUACGGAAGUUUCGAGUUUGUGCACCAUGGACUAACUGCGUUAAAAGCGUGUUAAAAAAACACUAGACCCAACCCAAAAAACCCUCAAAAUUUUGUGUGCGACUCUGCCCCGUGUAGUAGUGUCCUGAUUUUGGGGAUUCAGAAUAUGGUCACCCUAGUGUAGCUGUUCCUUGUCUGUCAGAAACUUGGGGAACUGUGCUACUGCCUUUCUUCCCAGAACACAAGAUUUUUAAUCUUAAUUAGUAUUCUGUCCUAAGUAAGUAAAUAAAACUUGAAUGCAGAAAGUCAGGGUGUUUAAAAACAACAUUAUCUGAAAUCAGUGUCUGUUCAACCAAAAAAUGAUCUGUAUCUGUAGUGUGAUAAAAAAUUGGGAGUGGGCUGACUAAUACCAUAAGUUUUCUUUGAGCUUUCUUGCAAAACUUACCAUAAAGAUGAGGCCAGAUGAUGUAAAAUUAAAGAUGAAAAUUAAAACAAAGGAAGUGGAGUUAAGUCUGACUGGUGUUGGUUUCUCUUGAUGCUGUCUAUACAGACUGUUUAAAACAUCAAACAUAACAUCGAUAUGUUCUGAAAUAUAAAAUCCAUAUGUUGUGAAGUACUAAACUGCAGUCUGCAACACUACCUCCUGCACUGAGGAGCUCCUUGAGGGACAAGAUGCUCCACCCCAAGAGUGUGCUAGAGAGGUAUCGCAGGUCAUUCCUUCCUGCAGCUGUCAGACUCCACAACAGCAACCUCAGUGUGCAAUAAACCAUAUUUGUAUGUAUAUUCUGUCCACACAUAUCCUUAUUCUGUGUAUAUAGUCAUACAUAUAAAUAUCUCGAAUUUCGAUGGUAAUAUAUCAACAUGUACAUAACAGCAGUAAAAAACACUUAUCCUCUCACUUAAAAUUAUAUAUAUAUAUAUAUAUAUAUAUAUAUAUAUAUAUAUAUAUAUAUAUAUAUAUAUACAUAUAUAUAUAAUUUUAUAUAUAUAUACAUCACCAUGUUUUUAUCACUGCUGUAAAUUUUGGAAUUUCCCCUUGUGAGAAUAUCUUUUCUUAUUUUGCCUCUUCUUUUUUGGGUAUCUUUUGAGUCUGAGUGGCGCCUUCUAACUGCUGGAUUACUUGACAACUUUCCAGAGCACAUAGAAGUAUGACAGCUGUGAUGAUCACACAGUUUAAAGCAUAAAGCUCAAUUUUAAGAGGAACAAGCACUAAAAUAGAUGAAUCGACUCAGACACAAAAGAUAACCAGCUGCAACACCUCUAGCAGCUCCUCCUUUACUUAUUCUGUCCUCUACAAUGCAAGACUGGGUUUCUCUUGAAACACAGUUGAAAACGUAUGGCUCUUAGCUUUAUUUUAAUGUUAUAGUUUCAGGGGAGUUAAAGGAAAUCCUCACACCAGUUUCAAAGCUUUCACAUCUAAACACAAUGAAAGUAGAACGACAAGGUUCACAAUGUUGAGCAAACAACACAUAAUUAUGUGGAUGAAAUGAAACAACUCUUAAUUAGGGCUUAUUUGAUGGAGGACAUGGACGCAUGGCUAUGACAGCAGUUUUUUAAAUUUAUUUUUAUGUGGGUUGUGGGGUUGGUAUGAGUGCCACUUUUCAUUUAAAUGUACUUCACUGUACUGUAUGUUUUCCAACAGACUCUCUAGCAGUGGACUAUCACAGACUCACUAUGAAGUGGUCGCCUCAGCCCUGAAGUCAAACCCCUCCCUCCUGAGAGAGCUAGAGCUAAGUAAGAACAAGCUGUCGGACUCAGGAGUGAAGCUGCUGUCUUCUGGACUGGAGAGUCCAAACUGCAGGCUGGAGGCUCUGAGGCCAGUAGUUUUUUCUUUUCUUGUUACUAAAAUAAUUAUUGCUGGGGUUAUUUACAAUGAGAAAGAAAAAGUGGGGGAAAAAAAGGGAUUUUCUUUGACAAGUGGCUCAUGAUUGAGAAAAUUGUCUUUGGGGGUGAUCAGACUUUCCAAAGCUUAAGUCUGAAUUCAAGUCUGAAUCAUCUUUUACCACCUAAUUUAUUGUGAUAGAGUACACAAAGAAAAACUGCUGCACCCCAUGUCUUUUCAAGGCACUCAAAGGCUGUUUCCCAAUCAGGGCUAACAUACAAGUAGAAAAACAUCAAAGUGAAAAGUAUAUGAGAGGCUUAGACAAAUCUCUUUUUUUAACAAAAGAUCAUAACCAGCUACAUUUGAAAAACAUGCAGGUUAAGACAAUGCAGUUUGUCAGGGACCAGCUGUGCUUCUCUGGCUACGGCUUUGACGUCCAACCCCACCUAUCUGAGAGAACUGGACCUGGGGGACAACGAGCUGCAGGAUGCCGGAGUUAAGCAUCUGUGUGAUUAUCUACAGAGUCAAGACUGCACACUGAACACUCUAAGGUCAGACCCUCACUUUCUCUAAAGAUGGUUAAAAUAAAAAAAUAAAUAAAUAAAUAAACUUUUUUGAAGAUCUACAUCUUUAUUUGUUUUUUUUUUUAGACUAAGGGACUGCAGUUUGACACAAGUUGGCUGUGCUUCUCUAGUUUUAGCUCUUAAGUUCAACCCCUCCCAUCUGAGAGAGCUGGAUCUGAGUGGGAACUCAAAACUGCAGGAUUCAGGAGUGAAGCACCUGAGUGAUUAUCUGCAGAGUCCAGACUGCAGGCUGGAGAGGCUGAAGUCAGACUCUGUAUUUUCUUACUGUGGCUCCUUGAAUAAGUAUAAUUUAUUUCUGGAGUAUUUUCUAUGACUGAAUAUAUUGAGCUCCAGUUUAAAGAGCUUAAUUUUAUAAGACUAUAUCUCUGAAUCACUCAAAUAAGAUAACAACUUAACAAUACAGAACUAAGUAUUUCUUGAGCUUAAAUGUGUCUCAGGCUGCAUCUUGUUUCAUUCAGGUGUCUGGUCUUCAAAUGUUCAAUACACUACAUUUUGGGCUUUCUUAAGCUUUGAAAAGAUAUGACAAACUCUAAAUGGUUUUACUGACAAAAUUAUUCACUUUUCAUUUUUAGACUUUUUGGCUGCAGUUUGUCAGAAGCCAGCUGUACAUCUCUGGCCUUGGCUCUUAAAACCAACCCCUCCAAUCUGCAGGAGCUUGACCUGAGUAAAAACUGUAUUCUGCAGGAUGCAGGAGUGAAGCUUCUGUGUGUUCAUCUGCAGAGUCCAGGCUGCCGAAUAGGAACUCUCAGGUCAGACUUUGUGCUCUGAGUCAUUAUUUUUGACAGCAGAAUAAUAUGCUUAGGUUAAAAAUGUCUAACCUCAUUGGACGUAAUAACUGCAUGUUGAAAAGAAGAAGACAUCUUUCAGUUUCAGCCUGCAUUAUGUUUUUUAGGGGUUAGACUACCUGUAUAUCUUUCAUUAUCACCCCCACCAGCUAGUUAUAAUAAUAAUAAUAAUAAUAAUAAUAAUAAUAAUAAUAAUAAUGAUAAAGCAUUGUAUGGACUUGACAAAAGUCUAAACAAAUGACAUUUCUUUUCACCGUCAGACUGAGCCGCUGCUAUUUGUCAGAGACCAGCUGUGCUUCUCUGGCCUCAGCUCUGAAAUCUAACCCCUCCAAUCUGAAAGAGCUGGACCUGAGUGGGAACUCAAAACUGCAGGAUUCAGGAGUGGAGCACCUGUGUGAUUAUCUGCAAAAUCCAGACUGUAGACUGGAGACUCUAAGGUCAGAGUCUGCCAUUAAUUAAUUAUUAAGGCCGGAGCUGAUGCUGCAAGCGGUGGCGAGAGCCCAACGCAAGAAAUCAUUAUCAUUAGUUUGCUUUAUUGCACGAACACAAUAUUCGUAUCAUGGUAAAGAAAAAAGCUGAUUAUCUUUAAUGCUUAAAUUUACCCAGCAUUCAAUUAAAAUGUGUUUGUAUGUUUCCAUUUUUGAUUUAGAUUUUACAUCUCAAUCUUAUCUCUAAUUUAAUAAUAAUAAUAAAAACUGUUCAAACUUAUUUGUGAAAAAAAAAGUUGUCAGAGUAACAUCAUUAGUUUUCAUUUUCAGGUUGAGCUGGUGCAGUUUGUCAAAGACGAGUUGUGAUUCUCUGGCCUCAGCUCUGACAGCUAAUCCCUCUCAUCUGAGAGAGCUGGACCUGAGUGGAAACUAUGAGCUGCAGGAUUUAGGAGGGAAACCGCUCUCAGAUUUUUUGCAGAGUCCAAACUACAGACUGGAGACUCUGAGGUCAGACUCCAUUUCUUAACUCUUGGCUGAUUAUUAAAAUAAAACUUAUGGUAAGCUGACGCCAUACACUACAACUUUUACAGCCUUGGAUUAUUAGAAAUGCAGUCAUUAAUGUGCUUUAAAACAGAAUAUGAACAAAAACAUUUGAACAACACAGAAAAGAGAUUAAAGAUGAACUCAAUAAAAUAGACACUAUAAAACAGCAAACAAGAUAUUUUGUAAAAGAAAACAAAAAAACUAAUCUUUAAACAGAAGGCACAAGAAUACACAGUAUGGGCUCUAUUUUCGUUCCUCGCCGUGCCCAAGAACAUUUUAGUACUUUGGUGAGCGGCGCAGCCCGGUGUAAGUAUCCCCCCUCCCAAACUCAGCUCCUCCCAGUGGCGUAAGUUGUAGAGAGGGAGGAGAGAAGGCGUGGAGUGGGUUUAACACAGCCAAGACCUGUUUUCGCCAAUCAUAUCAGCGCCUCUCCUCAACUUUAAAUCCACCACGGGCGAGGAGUAUUACAAAUUUUGUGAAGUAGUCAAAGAGAUCAAGAGAUGUCUGAAGACAGCAAUGCCACACGAUGGCGACAGAAGGCAGCCCCUCAACACGUGUCGCUGCAGAGGGCGUCCUCCACACUCUCUCAUAUAAGCACAGAUGGAUUUGGUGAGUGUAAUGUUGGACCCACUGGUAAGACAAACAUCCCUUUGCACAAAUAAAGACACUCACAUAAAGUUGCAUAUAUUCAAACCUCACAUGACAAAAGUGGGUUGUGCACACAGAUCAAAACAUAAACUCCAACAAUGGCAUUAAAAUCGGAACCAUUUGUGCGUAAAUGACGCAUCGCGCUCCGUGGCCUGGCUCUUUCUUUCAUAGAUGUUGGCAUAUAAAAUAAAUUUGGCUCACAAAACCGAAUAUUAUAAUAUUCAUAUGUAGGCUUAAAUUAAAUAACUCAUCUGAUCACUGAAACAAAUCAUCUGUUCAGCCACCGCAGCAGCAGCUGCAGCAGGACGGGGAGAGGAUACGGACACAUGUCCAGGUCGAGCUGCGCGAGAGAUAAGAGGAAGAGGAAGAAAGAAAAGGAGGGAGAUGAAUUACAUGUUUUGUUAACUUCAUCAUGUGUGUCUGUUUACUAGAUGUUUAAUUUAAUUUAAUGCUGUUUCAGCUGUGUUGAUUCGGUCAGGUUGAGUGUCCAAACGUGUGCCAAACGCGCUCAUCAGAAAAGAUAUAGAUCAGAAUAUAUCUAUAUAGAUCUAAAUGUAUGUGCUGACUCAGAAUAUUGGUUGUUGUUGAUUAUUUAUUGCACUGAAAUGGGCCUGACACUGUGGAAACCUGCUGGUGAGGCAUCGGUGACGUAUGCACACUACUCUGUCGUUCUACCAAAAUACCACUAGACCAGCUGUGCUAAAAGCUGACCAGAUUUGAAUCGGUGAGCUUUUAGCGCACUUUCCAUGCCACCGGCGAGCACGAAAAUGUCGCUGCGCCAGCUGUUUCUGUCGACACCUCCCCCUGCCGCGCCACCACACCCAGCUUGGCGGACCUUGGUGCGCUUCAGUCUACAAAAAUACCAAACUGGCUGUCCACCGGGCUCCGCCAGACGAAAAUACCACUGCGCGGGGUCCGCCAACCCUCUGCCACGCCGCCAGUGGGCACGAAAAUAGAGUCCUAUGUGUCUACAUUUAGUCUAAAUAACUUCAGCAAUUUAAUUCCCUUUUCAAGGUUGAAUAAAUCAGAAUUAGUCCAGUCUAGAUCCUGAUUGACCCAUAAGAAAAAUUAUCCCAGUGUGGAUCCUGAUUUAGUUAAUCAGUAUGACUUCAGUCUGGAUUCUGAUUUUGUUCAUCAGAGUGCCUUAGUCUGGAUCGUCAUUGACUGAAGUAAAGUGAUUCCAGACUUGAUCUAGUUUGACUUAAUCAAAAAGAAAGCUUGCAUUAUAUGAAAUGAUCCCAGGCUGAACACACUAAUGAAGUCUUAGGAUACGUUAAGGGCUACAUAAUUGGUACAUGUCUGGUAACCUGCUCCCAAGACAUUACUGUAGUCAGUCAUCAAUGUACAAACUCAAAAGUGUCCCAGACCAGAACCUUGUGAGACUCCCAUUCAAGUUUUGACCAAUCUAACUUAAGCAUCAAAAAGAAAGGAAAACAGGGGAAAAACAAAAGACUAUUAAAAAUGAAAAGUGUUAAAAGAAUUUCAAACAGACUAUGAUUUUUAUUUUCAGGAUGACUGACCACAGAUUUUCAGAGGCUGGCUGUGCUUCUCUGGUUCCAGUUCUCCAGUCUAACCCCUCCCAUCUGAGAGAGCUGAACCUGAGUAAAAACCUGCAGGAUUCAGGAGUUGAGCUGCUGUUUGAUUAUCUUCAGAGUCCUAACUGUCAGCUAGAGGCUCUGAGGUUAGGCUCUUCCUUCACUCUCAGCUGUCUUUCCUUUUUGGCUCAUUGGCAGUUAUAGGGAAAUGUUGAGCAUUGAUCUGAAAGCGUUGAUAUAACAAGGGUACUCCUCAAUGGGUUUAAUCAUCUAACAGCCUGCUAAAAACAAGUGUACCUGUAUUUUUUUUGUUUUUAUUUAUUUCAGUGGAGUGAGGUUUGUUUGUGUUUCCUUGUUUGUUCUUAUUUCUAAAACUCUUCCCUGCUCUAUACACAGAAAUAAUUACUACAGAAUGCUGGAAAAAAAAUCUGGAGAAACAUCAUUUAUUUUUAUUUUAUAGAUUGCAAGGCUGCAAGUUAUCAGAGGUCAGCUGUAUUUUUCUGGCCUCUGCUUUAAAGUCCAACCCUUCUCAUCUGAGACGGCUGGACCUGAGCUCCAACAAGGUGCAGGAUUCAGGGAUAGAGCUGCUGUGUGGUUUUCUCCAGAGUCCAGACUGCAGAUUGGAGACACUCAGGUCAGACCUCCCAUUGUAUGUCCUACUGAUCCAUGAAAAAAAAUCCUCUCCUGUUGCUUCCCUGGCAGUGUAAUAUUGCAUGGAAGAAUAGAGCUCUUUUUGAACUUUCAUGUUAAAAUUUUGAUGGGUUGUGUUACCAAUUUCAAUAUUCUACAUGUUAAUAUAUCCUAUGUUGUCAUAGCUCCUGUGAUGAACUUUUGCAUGAGUCAAUGUUAGUUACAAUGUUACAGAAAACAAAAUCAAACACUAAAUGUAGUCACAAAAACAUCACAUAAGUUAUUUUUAUUUUUAGAUUGAUCAACUGCAUCUUGUUUUCUUUUACAGAAAACAAAAUCAAACACUAAAUGUAGUCACAAAAACAUCACAUAAGUUAUUUUUAUUUUUAGAUUGAUCAACUGCAGUUUAUCAAAUGUUAGCUGUGCUUCUCUGGCCUCUGCACUGAAGGCCAACCCCUCCCAUCUGAUAGAGCUGGAUCUUGGAGGAAAUGAGCUGUUUGAUACAGGAGUGGAGCAUCUGUGUGAUUUUCUGCAAAGUCCAGACUGGAGGCUAGAGACUCUGGGGUAAGGCUUUUUAUUUGGUACCUGGCUGUUGACUGAUGAAAAUGCAAUAUUCAUUUCUUGUGUAGUUUUUCGGAGAAAUGUUGAGCUGCAGUUAAAACCCCUAAGCACAACAAGAAAGUCCCUCAGUGAACCUUGUUGAAUGAACAGCACAUUGACAAAGAAUAGGGUUCCAAGAAAAAAAGCUUUUUUUCUGACUGGCUAAGGGUAGUAAUAAUGAUAAUAAUGCUGCAUUUUUUACAGGCGACUUCAAGCACCCAAGGUCACCAUACAAGAGAAGGUUAAAGCAAGAAAAGAAAUAAGUCCACAAAAUAAGUUAGAACAGUGAAUGAAAGAGUGAUGGUUGACUGAAAGAAAUCAGUCAGACUGAAUAUGCUAAUUUAAUAAAGAUGGGUUUUAGGAUGGGAUUUAAAAAUAGAGGGAGUUGAUAUCAAAGAUGUCUGGUGGGAGGGAGUUUCAGAGUCGGGGAGCAGAGUGACUAAAGGCUCUGGAGCCCAUGGUGGUCAAACAGUGGGACAGUGAGGUGGAGAGAAGAAGAGGGCCUGAGAGAGCGACAGGGGGGCCUGAUGAGAAGGAAGUCAGAAAGGUACGGAGAGGUGAGGUUAUGGAUGGCUUUGAAAGUCAGAGGCAAAAUCUUAAAAUCAAUGCAAUAGCUGAGCCAGUUUAGCUGCUGAAGAACUGGAACAUGUGAUUGCUGGAUAGGGUUCUGGAAAUGAUGCGGGUGGCAGAAUUGUGGACUAACUGAAGUCUGUGGGAGGCUUUCUGGGGGAGACCAAAGAGGAGGGAGUUGCAGCAAUCGAAGUGACCACUGAGUGAACCAAAAUAGCAGCAGAGCUGGAAGUGAGGAAUAAACGAAGGUGAUUAAUAUUACUCAGAAGGAAGUAUGCAGACCUGGUAAUGUUACUGAUGUGUGGUUAGAAAGUUAGUGUACUGUCGAGGAUGACACCCAGACUCUUAAUCUGAGAGGAGGGAGAAACUGUGAAGUGAUCUAUUGUAAGAGAAGAACUGUCAGAUUUGGUUAAAGUGGAUUUAGUGCCAGUCAGAAGAACUUGAGUUUUAUCACUGUUGAGUUUUAGGAAGAUGUGAGAGAACCACGAUUUGAUUUCUUUAGGCAUUCACAGAGGGAGGAGGGAGGGAGGUUGGAGUCGGGAUUAGUGGAAAGAUAAAACUGGGUGUCAUCUGCAUAGCAGUGGAAAUAAAUACUGAGUUUACAGAACAUAUGACCAAGACGAAGUAUAUAGAUGAUGAAGAGAAGGGGGCCUAGAACAGAACCUUGGGGAACACCGGCAGAUACUAGAGGUGAUUGGAAUGAUUUAAAUUGUAUAAAGUGAGUGCAGCCAGAAAAGUAUGACUUAAACCAGUGUAGAGGUGUGUUAUCAAUUCCAAUUGAAGCCAGUCUAUCUAGGAGGCCACACUCAGAUCAAGGAGGAUGACAAAGAUUGAGAGUCCAGAGUCAGCUGCCAUGAGCGGAUUGUUGGUGAUUUUAACCAAGGCUGUUUCUAUGCUAUGGAGUGGGCGGAAACCAGACCAAAGUUGUUCAUAACAGUGAUUUUCAGAUAAACACCAUGGGCUCUAUUUUUGUGCGCGCCGGUGAGGCAGCGGAGGGCGGCGAGCCCCGGCCAGUUUGGUAUUUUCGUGGACUGAGCCGCACUGAGGCGAGCCGAGAUCCGCCAAGCUGGGCGUGGUGGCGUGGCAGGGGGAGGUGUCGACAGAAUCAGCUGGCGCAGUGACAUUUUCGUGCUCGCCACCGGCGUGUAAAGUGCGCUGAAAGCUCGCCGAUUCAAACCUGGUCAGCUUUCAGCGCAAGGUGGAACGCAGCUGGUCCAGUAGUAUUUUGGUAGACCGGCGGCGUAUCGACAUACGUCACUGAUGCCUCACCGGCAGGUUUCCACAGUGUCAGGCACAUUUCAGUGCAAUAAAUAAUCAUCAUCAACUAUUAAUCUGAGUCAGCACAUACAUUUAGAUCUAUAUAGAUAUAUUCUGAUCUAUAUCUGAUCUGAUGAGCGCGUUUGGCACGCGUUUGGACACACAACCUGACCGAAUCAACACAGCUGAAACCGCAUCAAAUUAAAUUAAAUAUCUAGUAAAUAAACACACAUGAUGAAGUUAACAAGAUAUGUAAUUCGUCUCCCUCCUUUUCUUUCUUCUUCUUCCUCUUAUUUCUCGCACAGCUCGACCUGGACACGUCUCCGUGUCCUCUGUCCGUCUUGCUGCUGCUGCAGCUGAACAGAUGAUUUGUUUCAGUGCUCAGAUGCGUUAUCUACUUUAAGCCGACAUACGGAUAUUAUAAUAUUCAGUUUUGUGGGCCAAAUUUAUUUUAUAUGCCAACAUCUAUGAAAGACAGAGCCAGGCCACGGAGCGCGAUGCGUCAUUUACGCACAGAUGGUUCCGAUUUUAAUGCCAUUUUUGGAGUUUAUGUUGUGAUCAGUGCGCUCAACCCACCUUUGUCACGUGAGGUUUGAAUACGAGCAACUUUAUUUGAGUGUCUUUAUUUGUGGAAAAGGGUGUUUGUCUUACCAGUGGGUCCAACAUUACACACACCAAAUCCAUCUGUGCUUAUAUGAGAGGGUGUGGAGGACACUUGUUGAGGGGCUGCCCUCUGUUACCAUCUUGUGGCAUUUCUGUCUUAAGACAUCUCUUGAUCUCUUUGACUACUUCAUGAAAAUAGUAAUACGCCUCGCCUGUGGCGGAUUUAAAGGCAAGGAGAGGAGCUUAUGUGAUUGGUGAAAACAGGUCUCGGCUGUGUUAAAUCCACUACACGCCCUCUCUCCUCCCCAUCUACGACUUAUGGUGCUGGGAGGAGCUGAGUAAGGGAGGGGGGAUACUUACGCCGGGCUGCGCGGCUCACCAAAAUACCAAAAUGUGCUUGGGAACGCCUUGUCAGCGCGGCGGAUCUGACUGACGCUGCGCUUGCGGCACGUCUCCGGCGAGGCACCAAAAUAGAGCCGUAAAUCUACAACAAUAUUGGGGUUCAUUUGGAUGUUAUGGUUUUCUAACUAAGAUGAACAGUCUGCCUUCAAGAUGUCAGAGUUUGCUUACCAGUCUGCACGUUUCCCCACAAACUACGUUUACAGAACCUGGUGUGGACUUUCAGGCCAUGUGUUAUUGGUAUGUAAAGAUAAUAAUCAGAGCUGCUCUUUAGUCUGCAUCCAGCUUCAUUAGAUUGUUUGAUCUUUAGGAUGUUUAAAAGAUACUCUUGAUAUUCUUAACUUCCUUCAGCUAUAAACAAAAAGCAACACCCGAUGAUGUUGGUAACAUUUCUGAGCUGAUUUAAUUUAUUUUCAUUUUUAGAUUGAGUUGGUGCACUUUGUCAAAGUUCAGUUGUAUUUCUCUGGGCUCAGCUUUGAAGUCCAAACCCUCCAGUCUAAGAGAGCUUCAACUUGAUGACAAUGAACUGCAGGAUGAAGGAGUGGAGCAUCUGUGUGAUUAUCUGCAGAGUCCAAACUGCAGACUAGAGACUCUUACGUAAGACUCCGCACUUACUUUAUGCUGAUCAAUAAAAAGAUACUUUUUCUUUUUCUGAACUGUUUUCAUUUACUAAAGAUGUUGAGAUUUAGUUUAGAAACAACCACCAUGGACUUAGCCUGACGAUAGAGAAAAGAGCUGUUGUUUAGCUUUUAUCAUUAAAUAACCCUGAACCAUAUUAAGAGUUUUUCAACAUACUUUACGACAUACUUUAUUUUCAUUGUCAGACUGAAUAGAUGCGAUUUGAGUACCAGCUGUGCUUCUCUAGCCUCAGCUCUAAAGGCCAACCCAUCCCAUCUGAGAAAGCUGGACCUGACUGGGAACUACCUGAGUGAUUCAGAAGUGGAGCUGCUUCUAGUUCUUGUCCACAGUCCAAACUGCAGACUGGAUUCUCUUAGGUAAAUAAAAAUUUUCAGGCAGUUGUUGCUGUGAAAGUGGUUUUCAAAACAGUUAAGAACUCAUUUAAUGCUCUAUUGGGACAUCUUCAUUUUUUUUACUGUAUUAGCCCCUUAACCAAAAUGGGAAACAACUUUUCAAAGUUUAUUAGGUAUAGGUGUCUGAAGGUGGCAACCUUAAAGAACAAGCAGUGUAUUCAUAACAGCACUCAUAACUUCUGUGGUUGUGGUCGAUCCUACAGGACUGAUAAGGGGUGUAUCACAGCUGACGAGCACACAAAAUGUGAGUAUUGAAGUCAUGUCUACCAUUCAUCAAGCUACACCUGAACACAAAGAAUGAAACUUCAGUUAAUAACUGAUAUUCAAUCUGCGUCCGAGAUUACUGAGAUCAUGAGUGAUUCAAGGCCUGCAUUAUGAUUAACUGGUACAGUGAGUCACGGUAUGUGAUGAGCAGAAUGAAGAGUCUUCAUCAUUUUAAUGUAUAUCCAUAACAGAUGUGACAUAUUUCACAGUUUAUAAACAUCUUUCUUCCUGGAGCAAGCAAACAAAAUAUUAUUUAGAAAAUAAAUAAUUCAUCUGUAGCCCGUAAUUGCAGCGUAACGGCAGAUUCUGGGUUCACUGACAAAGACAACAAUAAAUAGGACGCCGAUGUGGAGCUUCAACCAAGGCUUAAACUUUUUUUGCCCAAACACACAUGACGUCAUGACAUCAAUGUCAACAAGAUAGUGGCUGUGUCUGAAAUCCCUGACCCCUUACUCCCAUAUGGGGUUUCACUAUAUAGUUGACUAUAUGUAGUGAACUCAAUCACUGGAGGUUUCGGACACUACAUGGCAAGACGCAAUGCAUGACAGGAUACCCACCACCGGUGAGUGACCAUUGGAUGGUCACUACAUUUUUAAAUGCUUUAUGGGAAAUUUUGAGUCGCCUCUACCGGGCACUGGAAUUGAUCACUCAGGUUUCGGACACCCUUCAAAAUGGCGCCAACCCCCAUAUAGUCGCCUAUAUAGGGGUUAGGGAUCCAUUUCAGACACAGCCUAAAACAGCAACCACACUGUAUUGCGACCUACGGUGGCCCUGUGUGGACACAUGGUUGGAAAACCAAAAACAAACCAAACACACGUAAGUCUGUUCCAGCUCAGUCUGUACGUGGGAGGUUGAUCAAAAGUCAGACCAAGUCUGAUCUAACAUUUGUAAUUAAUAUGGCAGUGUCAACAUCAUGUUAAUAAACUCAUGCAUGGAUUUAUUAUUUCUGGGUCACUCAGAGGAGAAAUUGUCCAAUAAUCACCAAAAGUUCAGUGUGACUGUUAUGUCCCAGAUGGUGGUCUAAGGUAAAGGGACUAUAACAUUAUACUCAAAAUGACAAAGGUGGAAACAGAUGUUUUAAAGUGAACAGGAAGGUUCUUUUAUUUUUAAUAAGGAACUAAAAGUGUUUUCUAAACGGCUAAACACGUCUCUCAGGGUUGACACGUGAGGUCCAGUCUGAACUGUACACAACAAUAUCAUCUAAAUAUGCUUUGCAAUUAGGGACAUCCCCCAGUACCAGAUUAAUGAGCCUCUGAAAGGUAGCAGGGGCAUUACACAUACCAAAGGGCAUCACUGUGUACUGGCAGAAAUAAUCAGGUGUCACAAAAGCAGAAACCGUGGAUGCUUCAGUUGUCAAGGGAACCUGCCAAUAUCCCUUGAGCAUGUCAAAUUUACUCACAUAGGUGGACGAACCAAUCUCAUCAAUACAGUCAUCAAUAAGUGGAAGUGGAUGAGCAUCGGGCACCGUUACUGCAUUCACCUUACGAAAAUCAGUGCAAAAUCUUGGACUUCCGUCAGACUUAGUGUCCACCAGACAUGGGGAACUCCACGGACUGGAGCAAGGCUUAGCAAACCCAUGGCCUAACAAAUACUCAACCUCCUUUUUCAUGGUCUCCCUCUUAACAGGAUUGACCCUAUAGGCCCGCUGUUUAAUGGGCAGAGGAGACGUUAGUUUAAGGUCAUGCUGGAGAACUGACGUUUGAGAUGGAAUGUCAUUAAACAAACAUGGAAAAUCCAAAAUUAGUUUCUCAAUAUCCCUCAUCUGAUUCUCUGGCAAGUGAGACAGAAAGGAAGGCAGAUUCAACAACACCUCAGAGUUUUCUAGUCUUGCGCCCUGCGGGGUCGCAUUGGUUGUAACCCACCGACCUUGGAGGUUUACGCUACGCCUAAAACUGCAGGCUCAGGAGACACAGUUGGGGGUUCAUCUCUACAGUGGUACCGCUUUAGCAUGUUAACAUGGCAUACUCGGGACUGGCGCCUGCGGUCAGGGGUGCGGACAGCAUAGUCUGUUUCACUGAUUUUCUUUUCAACAAGGUAAGGACCAGAGAACCGGACAGACAGGGAAGAGCCGGGUACUGGCAACAGAACUAACACCUUGUCUCCUUUGUUAAAGGAACGAGCCACUGCUUUCUGAUACCACUGUGAGAGCGGGAAUAAUCUGGCGAUGAACAGUCUCCACACACAAAAAAACACUCCACAGAGCCAUAAAAGUGUCCAAACCAGCAAAAUCAUGACAAUAAGGCUGAUUUACACGGACAGUAAAGUGUAAAUCAACAUGAGCAACCAUUUAAACUAAUGCUUACAUUACCGACACACAGGAGCAUUAAACCCUUUGUGCUUUGAGAAUAAUGUAAUGUCUUUUGGAAUGAAGUUAGUGAACAAGAGCCUCACUCUCUGUAAAUUAAAAGCAUUUAUAAUUUUCAGAGACUUGAUUUACUUUAAGGUCUGUCUUUUAUUGAAGACUGCCUCAGGCCUGGUACCUUGGGCGGUAAAAACAAACAAAAGAGGCCUAUAGCUGAGGAUUUACUGUGUCUGAUAUCAUAAACUCUUUUUCUGCUUGUUUCUUUGUCAUAGCCUUGAAGUCCGAAUGUUUCCUCUCAUCAUCAGAUGAGUACAGUGUUGAAAAGGAUGCAAAGGAAAAGCUUUGCCUGUCUGAUGAUGACGAAAAGGUGAGCAGGUUACGACUGGACAGACGUGGAGGUAUUUGAAUUUAUUUGAUAGGGACAAUGAUGCAGUUUAACAUAGUUCCACAACAGUGCAUGUAUCUGAUGCGCAGCACAGAGAAUUUAUUGCAAAUGCAAUUUCUAACUCUUGUCCCUUGUUGAACCUUUGAGUAAACAGUUCAUAAAACAGAAUUCAGCAUAAAAUGGCUCAACAGUUUACAGAGUGUACGGGACAAUAAAAUACAUAUCCACAUAAAAAAAAAAAUCUUUAAACCAGUUCAAAUAAGAAGUUUAAAAAAAAUGACAGUAUAAGAAUGAUCACAGCUCUGGUUCACUUUCAGCCAGCACUUGACCUAUGUAGUGACGGAUUUUAUAACUGUGAUUAGUUUGAUUUCUGUUGAUAAUUUAUUUUAGGGUUUAGAGCCUUGAAGAGAGAAAGCUGACUGUCCAAAUGUUGACCUAUGUUUUUGUAUGCUACAGUUUCUAUUCACUGUGCUCCUUGUUUACUUCACUGUUCUGCCUUUGAACAAAUUUGGACAAGAGUUCAGGGGCAAGAUUAUUAAUACAUUUUAAAAUUCAUUUGAGGAAAGAAAGCUGCACAAAGUUCUUAAAGUUCAGUAGAUUGUACUUUUUCAAAAUGCCGAAUGCCACUAAUGCCAUUUCUCUUUAUAGUUAAUUAUUUAUUUAAUCAAACUGUAAAACAUAUUUUUAUUUUACAAAAAAGGGAACACGUUUAUUGUUUUUUUUUUCCAGGCUCCAUUACCCUUCACACCUGAACAGAUUGAAUCUAUAUACAGGUAAUCUCAUAUCAUGACAAAAGAUUACUCCAGUUUGCUUUUUAGCUCAUUCACUUUCUGAAUUGAAGAGAAGUCAUUUGAGGACAGUUUACUGCCAAAUUCUACCAGCUUCAUGUUUUGUCUUUUCUGCUCUGCCACAGCAGCGGAGCUGAUGGGUUUGCAUUUUGAGUAAUGUCUGCUUCCACCGGCUCCACUGGGAUGCCUUUCUGUUCCAUAUCAGCUCCUCCAAUCUGCAGCAGACACAUCAAUCAGUGCAGGAUAGAUCUAGGAAGACAGGGAAUCAGAAACCAGGACGACAUUAAAAUAUGGAGUUAAUUUUCUGAAUAAAACACUCCAUGUUGACCUCACCAAAGUGAGCAGAGUCAGGCCUUGAGUCAACAGGUCAGAGGUUUCUGUGGUCUUGUGACUCCAGCUGUACAAGGGUGCUUACUCCAUGCUUUGCACAGAAACUUAGCUGAGACUUCACUUAGUAGUGAAAUAUUUAGGGCUUGUGCAUAUAAAUUCACUGUGAGAACCCCCAGGGUGACUUCAUAUUUUCCACUGUAGCCUAAAAGAAAAAUCAAAUCAACAUUUUUGUCUUCUUACUUCCACCUGUUAGCCAGUAGCACAUAAUUACUGGGGGUUCUCUCUGCCCAUGUUUACUCCACUCCUUGCUCUUAAGUCCCGCUACUCUGCUGUGGAACUGCUUGGGUGGAGUAACCUUACCUCUGCAUGUUCAUGGCCAUUUUCAGACCAGGCGCAAUGCUGACCAGCCGUAUGGUGGGCCUGGUAGUGGCCUGAGUAUCCCUGUGCCACUGAGUAAAGAGCUGGCACAGUCUAAUGCACAAUCGAUUUCAAUUCAUCUUCAAAGGCUUCAGACUGUUUUAUUUUUUUUGCGAUGAACUGCGGCCCAACAGGGUGUCUGUUCAUUUGGGAUAAUUUGAGGAGUGGGCGGUCUAAUUUCUGUCUAAACUCUCUAUGGCAAAAACCAGUUUAAUAUGCAAAAUCUUUAUUCAAUUAUCCCCACCUCCACAGUCUUUGCACCUGAUGUUAUCCAUACAGUUCUUCUUAGUUGAUCACUGGCAGACAUACACCAGCACAAUAUGCAAUUUGAUGGAAUGUACAAGCAGAACUCGUACUGUGGAGUAAAAAGAGGAAACCUGCUACAACCAAACUCAUGAAAUAAAGCCCCCCAAGCAAAGUGGGUUUGGUUUAUGCAAUUUCAGUCUUUUGUUAUAUCAAGCUGUAUGGUGUAGCUCAGGAUAGCUGCUCACCAUCACAAUAACUUUGUCCUCCAUGUUCCAGACAACUGGACCUCUACUGGUCAACUGUUGACAUUUGUCUGCGUGGAGUCUCCAUGCCGAUUGGUUAUCUCAAGGGAUUCUCCCGGGUUCAGUUAUACAACUUUCAUGAAGAGGCAAAUAGGACAUUGAGAGCAUUAGGACUUCAUGAAUUUCUGUGUAUAAUCCUCUCAGCACACCCUGUUUUCAGGCUACCGAAUUUUAUCACCAAUUUGAUAUAUCAAAAAGCUUUUUUUUUUGUUUCACUUUUGUCUCUCAUCAGGACUCUGUCUUUUUUUUAUUCAAUUUAUUUGAAAGGCACUUAGAUUCCUUACAUGCAAAGUGCACAAAACAUCUCUUGCGACUUUUAAAACAUUGCAAGAUUCAUUACAAGUAUUCACAUCACACUUCGAUGAUUCCUUCCACACUGAUCCUGGAUGUUUAACUGUAGAAAGUCUCAAUGUCUUUAUCCAUGGUGCCUCUCAGGUUUUUCAUGUCUAUAUCACUCAUUGUUGUAACACAUGUCACAAAAACACACACAGCCCACACUGACAUCAUUAGUUGUUAAAGGUGUCUUAGUUUUCAAAGAGAAAAUAAACAGGUUCAUCACAAAUUUAGACAAAAUCUGAUCUUAUGGGUUCACGUACUCCGUCCAAUUAGACCACAUUUGAUAAAAUUUUCUCUUCGUAAUUUGAGGGAAAAUGACAAUUUUUCCAAAUAUAUAAAUCUCAUGUGUAACAUCCAUCCAGUCCUCAAUGGUCGGUGGGUCUGUCUUAAACCAUUUUCUUGUGAUAGAUUUUUUACUAGCUGCCAGUAAAAUACUCAGAAGUUUCCUGUCAUUGAAAUUCCAACUCUCAUGUUGUAUAUCACAUAAGUACAUUGAUUCAAAAUCAAAUACAAUGCUUGUGCCAAACAAAUUCUUAGUAUGUCCAUAAAUCUCUUCCCAGUAUUUUUUAAUAAUCUGACAGUCCCAGAAAAUAUGGAAAUGAUUGGCUUCCUUGGUCCCACAAAGCCUCCAGCAAACAUCUCCACUUCCCUGAUAUCUUUUCUGAACUGGUGUUAAAAAGAAACAUGCAAUGUUCUUCCAACAGAACUCUCGCCAGAUGUUUGACCCUGUUGAAUGCCACUGAAACUUGCAUAUUUUUUCCCAACUUUCCACUGAGAUAGAUACAUUUCCUUCUCUUUCCCAUUUUACCUUUAUGUAGUCUGAGGUCUCUUGCUUGGAUUGUUGAAUACCUUUAUAUAGUUUAGAUAUUAUCUUAUUACAUUUUUGGGACCUAAGUAGUGAUAGAAAUUGCUGAAGGAAUCCCAACCCACCCCUAUCCAAGACCCCCCCAUCAAAGAACUUUUCAUAUUAAUGUAAUCUUGUUGGCUGCUGCAGGUUCAGGUGUCCUGGUCAAGGUGUGUUCCAGUGUGCUUUGACUGGUCUGGUGUUUGUCAUGGAAAAGAAAGCAGAGCUUCAGUAUAAGACUGUCCAAUGGGAUAACAGCUUCCUCGAUUCAGCAGGAAAGACAGCUGCAGGGCCGCUGUUCGACAUAAAGUGUUCAGAGGAUGCUUUGUGUCAGCUCCAGCUCCCACACUGUGAAACAGAUGAAGGUAAACACAGUGCUUUCUUUGAAAUUAAAUCAGUUAAAUUAACCUCAGGUACCUCUUUAUACUAAAACUACUGGACUGGUAUGUGCCAGGAAGAGGCUUUGCAAAAUAAGUGUACAAAUUUUUAGAGUGACACAAUGAACAACACACAAAGGAAUCUGGUGCAGACUCAAGUCAGAGUUGAAAAAGGCGCGUCGUUUAUUCCAAAAACAGUUUGGUACACAGAAAUCCAGGAGGUUCAGGCAAACAAUCAGAAGGAAGAGGCAGAAGGCAGAAGGCAGAGUUGAGAAACAGGCAGAGGUCGAAAAUACACGGAGAGUCGAACACUAGAAAAAUGCUUGAACAAAGGUAACAUGAGGGAAAGCACAACCAACUGGCAACAGGAGGGAGAACACAGGGGGGACUAAAUACACAGACAAUCCAGACAAUCAGGGAGAAUGAGACACAGGUAAGGGUAAUCAGGGAGAAGAUACAUGAGGCUGGAAAACAAGGAGCGGGAUAUUAAAAGAUAGAAACAGUGCGUGAGUAAAAUCACAAAAACCAAUGUGAUCCCCAAACAUUUAUAUGAAAUAUUCAUAUAUAAUAUUUAUAUGUAAAUAUAUACAUAUUUGGUAACUUUAAAGAUGUUAACCCUUGAAAUAUCAGGUUUUUUGUUGUUUGGCCACCAUGUGUUUGGGGGCUAAAUGAAAAAACAUGAAAAAUGAAAGCCCAAACGACAAAUGCAUUGAAGGUGCCAACCCUAAGAAGAUUGUAAGAGAGCACUAAAGGCUAACAGCUGGCCUGUCUUCUGCAGCUGUAAGUGCUAACAACCUGCAAGAAAAAAUGGACCAGAGGUGAAAAUGAAGAAAAAGUUCUUCCUCAUCAUACUCAAAAACACACACAAAAAAGCAAAAGUGUUGUAAUCCCAGAUUAACACAUAAUUUUAGAAUGAAACACAGAGAUUUUUUGACGGGAGGGUCUGCACCCAUGCUCUGCUUUUGAGGAAGAGAGAGGCUAUGUUUACACUGCAGGUUAAUUCUGAUUUUUUUAACCAUAUGUGACACAUAUCUGAUUUUUUCAUGUAAGUGUGAACAGUGCAAUUCUUUUUAAUCUAUUUAAUGUUUAUUCAACAGGGACAAUACACACAACAUUGCCACAAAAAAUGGAAAAUGUGAUGCAUACAAGAUGUCUAGCUUUAGCUAAUUUGCAGUCUUUGUCCCUGGUCAGGCUUUAGGGUAGGAUAAAAUAUACUGAAUACUAUAAAUGCAGUAACACAAAUGGACACGUGGAUAAUACAGUAAAAAGCUAGGUGACAUGAAUAAAUAAUCAGCUUGAUAAGAAACAUUAUUCCACAUUAUUCCAUAUUGUGCCAUUUUGAACCUGCAGUAGUGGCACAAAAUAGAUGAAAAUAUUGUAUUAGGUGAUGAGAUUAUUCUCAGUUUUUCUUUCCAGUAUGUUUAUUUCUCUUUUACAUUGAUACUGCAUAAGCUUGAAUAUAUGUUACAUUAAUAUGAAGGUUAAAAGGUGUAAAAUUUAAGUAUCUGACAUUUUUCUUUGAAAGAUGAACUUUAUUGCAAUCAUAGACAAUAACAGGGAUCUAGGGGUUGAGAGGGAAACAGAGACUAAAAAGUAAAUCAAAACUCACAUGAGAUUAUAUUUGAAGGAUCAGGGAUUUUAAGUUUGGAUAUACUUGGAGAAAAAUCAGGACUUUUGGAAACUAAAGUUGACUCGCUCUUUAUCUCCUCAGUGCUACUUGUUGAAGGCCUGUUAUGUAUUGUCCACAUCACCGAUGAAGGAAUGAGCAUCUUAAAGCCGAUGAAGAUCACAAACUCUUAUGUGAUGGUCGAUGUCUCUCACCUUUCUGCCUUUGGUGUAGCGUUGGAUAAACUUAAAAGGUGUCUAAAAAUCUCCAGAAAAGUAAAAGGCCAAAUCCAGCUGUUCCUCAGACCUCGAGGAACAAAGAUCGAAGCUCUUGAGGUGUUUCUGCUACAACACAACGUUGUUCUGGCAGAGGUAAGGUUCAAUGUUACACCAACAUUCUGGGUUGUUAAUGAAUAACAUGGAUGACUUAUGUUUACAUAAGAAUAAGAAUAACUUUAUUUAUCCCUGAAGGAAAAUUCAGUUGUCUGUAGUCUUAUUUGUCAUGUCUCAAAAAGUCAUACUAUUUAUAAAAGAAUUGCAAAGUCUGAUGGCUGUAGGUACAAAAGAUCUUCUGAAUCUUUCAGUCCUGCAGAAAGAAAAGCUUUUUUGUGGCUAUAGUCCUCGUUCUGGCAGUUGCUGGUCCAUCUCCUAGUCACCAACCCUACUCUCUGUUCUCCAUGUUUACGGUCUUUCUUAAGCUGUCCUAACUAACAGAGGCAAGAAUGCAUGAAAAUGCAACUUAAAAAAAGGUUUCACUGAAAUCUGAAAGUUUUUUGUUGACAUAUGCUAAACAGUUCGUCAGUCCACGUUUUUGUUCUCAAAUGUGUUCUCUUAUAAAAUUAAUAUACGUAGAAUAAAUCAUAAAACAUUUAUUUUCUCUGUAGGUAGUCGCCCAACAAGGAGAAGCUAAGCUGGUCAGGACCUCUCCUUACUGCCACCUACACUGUGAUCAAAGUUAUAGUGUCCACUGUCAACCUGAGGAAUACGACAGACAACCUGAGGUGAGACCAUUUCAUUCACAUCCUGUAUUGAUAAACCGAAUAAUCAUUGGAGCAAUCUUGGCUGUAUGAUGAAAUUAUAGAACCUGUCGCAUAUACUGCUAUUUUUUUAGCAUGCACCUUUUUUUGGAGAUUAUGGACCAAAUUUUUGCCCAACAUUUGAAGUUUUCCUUACUUCAAAGCCAGAGAAAGUGACUCUGACUGUGCAGGACGACAACAAGAGAGAAGUCUGGAAACGUGAUGUGUACCUGACAGGUAAUGCAUGAUUCACCCCUUAGCAGCACCCGCUCUUGUUUUGGACCACAGUGACAGACUAGAGCAGGUGGUCCACAUCCAUCCUGUACAUCUUUAGUAGACAGAUGAUUCUUGAGAGGAUAGCCAGGAGAGUUGAUUCAAGAACUUGGUAGUGGUCCACAAGAAGUGGACUGAGGCUGGUGUCAGAGCUUCAAGAAUCACUUUUUACUGAUGCUAUCAGGAAAGUAGCUUCACCUGCCAUAUCCCUAAUAAGAUGAGAUAAGAAGAACUUAAUUGAUUCCCAAAAGAAAAAUAUAAUAGUUGUUAAGCUGUAAUAGCUAACGUUAAGCUCCUCCUGAACCCAAGCUACCAUCAGAAGGGUCUUCUGCUAUCUGUGAUGAUUUGGGGUGCCAUGCCACUCGUCUGUGUUUACUUACUUUGAUUGAUCACGUCCAAAGGCAACAUGGCUUAAAGUCUACCAGUAGAUUUUAGAGCACUUUAUACUUCUAUCUACAGACACACUUUAUGGAGAUGCUGACUUCCUUUUCUGGUAAGAUUUAGCACCUGUCCACCGCGCCAAAACUCCCAGCAAAUGGUUUGCCAAUCAUGAUAGUACUGUGCAGGGCAGGAUUGUCGCUUGGUUGUAAACAUUUAGAAUAUAUAUGUGUAUAUAAUUUUUAAAAUACUUUUUAAAAAUUUAAACCUUCACAUUCAUUUUUGAUGGUCAAGGAUGUCACUAACAAAGGAUGAAGAAGCAGGAAAAGCUGAGCACAGUGACGAGUGUAGCAUAAAUCAGAAUUUCAGCCGCACCAAUUCCUCCUUAAAGGUUAUGUUAAUGUGUAACAAUAUCUGCAGCCUGUGCUCCUUCUUUUACCUUAAUCAACUGAUAAAUCUGGUAGAAUCACAUCUCUGUUGGUAUUUUAAACAUUUUUACAUGCCAUAAACAGUAAGCAAGCUCUAUUUAUUCAUAUUAAUGGAUGAAAAGGAUCUAUUUCAGUACAAGGACAAGAGUUACUGUCAUAAAAUUCUGACAAACAUGCACAAAUCCUAGAAUAAAAAGCAUGAGAAGUGAUUUGCUCUUCGAAAACGCUAUACCUUACCAGAGAUCUUAACAUUUAUUUUUAUGCUAUUUGCUAUACUAUUUGAACUUCUCAGAAAUGUAACGUUAUUGAUCAGUUGUCUCUUCUCUGCUCCCUUUCCAGAUUUAAGGAUGGAACCCCCAAAGGACAGGGUCUCACCACAGGAAAGGGUCCUGGCAAAGGACAUGGUCUUAGCGCAGGAAGGGGUCUGGGCACAGGACAGGGUUUCACCACAGGACAGGGUCCUGGCACAGCAGAAUCUCCCAGGUCCAAGUCAAGGCUUAAAUAGGACACAGUUUGUAAACAGAGUGUCUGAAACUGUUCUGGACCAGAUUCUAGAUGUACUCCUGGAGCAUGAGAUUAUAAAUGAUGGUGAGAUGCAGUCAAUCAGGAUAUUAAAAAUCAGAGCAGAUAAGGCAAGAGAUGUGUUUGACUCAGUGCAAAGAAAGGGACAAAAAGCAAACUCCAUCCUGAUCGAUGCUCUGCAUAAGUUGGAUAAAACCCUUUCUGAAGAGCUUUUAUCGCUCAGCAAAUAAACAGUAAGACAAAUGAUGACGACAACCAGCUGUUUGAAAUGAUAAGACUGGCUAAAACCUGAAAGCGAGGACUUCAGUGAUUGAAAGUGUAACUGUGAAAAGGACUUCCUCCUCGAAGUAAAAAGGAGCUUACUAUGACUGAUGGAUGAAUGUUGAGCAGCUGUUUUUUUAAUGAGACUUGAUGACACACACAAGCUUUUAUUUCCAAAAAAUACAAAAUAUUGAUCAAAUGUGUUGUAUCCACUUUUCCACUUUGCAUCAAGCCUGGUUUAGAGAAGCCGGCAGCGUUUCAGGCUGUUAUUGAUAUCAGGCUUUGGCUUUGUACGGUAGAGUUUAAACUUGUAGAUGUUGAAGUGAACAAUUUGCUCACACAGUUUUUGACAAAGUGGUGAACCUGACCCCAUCCUUAUUUAUGAAAAACUAUACCAGCUUUUUGGGAAUGUGUUUUUUACAAUUUUUUUUACAAAAUAAAGUUUAUCAGUUUGGAUAUUAAAUAUCUUAUCUCUGGAGAGUGUUCAGUUGAAUUUAGGUGGAAAAGGAUUUUCAAAUCAUUGUAAUUUGCGUUUUACACAACAUCCCAUUACACUGAAAUUAGGGUUUGUGCAUGUGUUUACUAAAAAUUUAACUCAUCUGACGGUCAUAAAUAGACAUACCAGCAGUGAGAUGCAGUGAGGUUCAUGGCUGGUGAGGCACUGACUUUAUCACAAUCAGAUUUACAAACAUAGGAACCUUUCAGAGUAGCUUAGUCACCAUUUGAUUGGCAGCAGCUAACAGGUUAUGUUUAAAACCCCAUAUCAGCUUUCCUCACACAUACAAACUGUAGCACACAAAAAAACAUAUUUAAAAAAUGUUAUUAUGGUCUUACCUUUACUUAUAAAGGAUACUUUUGGUCUUUCUUUGAUUAUUAACACACACAAAAACAACCGUACAUUGUAUACAUCAGCUAAACUGUGGAGAUUUAGUUCAUUUCAACAUUUUAAUAAUGACAUACAGAAAAAUAGCAAUACGGUACAGUUAGCGGAGUCAUUGCACAAUCCAUAGUGAGGCUCAUCUGGCUGCUGCCUCACCGCACGUCUCUGCAAGGUAUUUGAGCAGUAAAUGUGAAAAUUCUGUGAUUUUGAAUAAAAAAUUCAUCUAAAAGAGGUGAAGUUAAAUUAAAAAAAUGAAAUGAUGCCUUUAUAAAUGACAGUUUUUAAAGAAAGAUUUAUACCAGCUUGUAAAGAGUUAAGUUUGAAGAAAGAAUAACUUUCUCUGUUUGGUCAUCUUGGCUGAGAACAUCUUAUUAACUUUUACUUCCUUGUACUUCUGACAAAACUGAAUGCCAAAAACUUGACUGAACUUUAAUAUUUGCUGAGUGACUCAAGGUCUGAAUAUGAUAUUGGAGAAAUCCUCAAUCUGAGUGUAGAAGGGGCGGGGGUAGAUGUGUACAGUGAUGUAGCUUUGCUCUGUAAAAUUUAAUGAUAUAACCCUUGUGCUGCCCUUCAGGGUCAAAAAGACCCAGUCAGUAUACCCUUGCCCUAGUGGGGUCAAUUUAGCCUCCAGUCAGCAUGGACUAAGAUAACCCAUGACUCCUGAUUGUUUUCCUAACUGGUUCGAAUAGACCCUGUCAAGUAUGGAUUCGAGAAUCGUAAACUCGCGCCCUGCCCUCAGCAGGGUCAAAUAUACCCCACCGUGUUGUACAUAGACUUUUUUUUACAAAUUUGAACUCAUGACUCCUGACGUUCCAGCGCGCAUCUCAAACAGCAUACACCCCUGGACCUGAUUCUCACUCAUCCUGUGUCCUCGUCCCCCCACCCCGCUUACAACAGGUUACACAGUACAAGUAGUUUGUUUUGUUUUUGUUUUUGUUUUGUUUUUUGAAAAUAAGAAGUGAAGUGAAGAAGCGAAGCACUGUAUGAUCCACGGAUAUGGAAAAUAAAGUUGAUUUGAUAACACGCUGAUUUGCUUUCACCUUGUGUUAUGUUGGACUUUGUCAAUCCCUUUAGUGACAACAGUGUGGAAUUCACCACCAGACAGUCUACUCAGGACAGUUUAUAUGUUAGGAACUGUGUCCCGCGCAGUGUGUCCUUUGAAAGGUCAUUAUAGUUUCAAGUUUUCAUUAGUUUUUAGUUUUUAUUUUUAUUUAGUUUAGAGUUUCGAUUUUAGUUACCCUGGUCAUGUGGACAUGUUUUUCCUAGUGUGUUGUACUGUGGUGGUGGUGGGUGGUGGCGGUGAGGACCCCCUGUACUUUACAGCGUGAGGAAUGUAAAAACAUAGAGCUCUAAUAAUGUAAUGUGAAGAACAUGAAGUGGUUCAUGGAGAGCGAGAGAGAGAGAGAGAAAACAUAGAGCUCUAGGUUUUACUUCCAAGGCUACACUACAUAUAGAGACUAAGAAAACUUUAGAGGACUGGAAAAUAAAAUAAUAACAAUAAUAAUAAUAAUAAUAAUAAUAAUAAUAAUAAAACACUAAGUGUUUUAGGAAAGGAUGUUGGUAUCAACAAAAGUUCCAUCACAAGAGCCGAGUAGAAUAGAGUAAAAACUUUAUUCAUCACGGCAGGGAAAACUUAGAGAGUGUCAGAGAGCUUACAAAUAUAGAUAACAACAGCCACACAACCUAAUUCAUAUAGAUGAGCACAACCUAUCACAAAAUAAAGGCAGCACAGUGGCAAGGCAAGGGGAUUUUGUUUUUACACACACUUUUGUCUCAGAGAGUUUCACAUAGCAUUAUAAUAACAACAUCAUCUGCCCUUAGACCCUCACAUCGACUGAGGAAAACGAAAAAUAAAACCAGUUUACAACACAUAAUGUGCAGAACAUGAAGUGGUUCAUGGAGAGAGAGAGAGAGAGUGAGAGAGAGAGAGAGAGAGAGAGAGAGAGAGAGAGAGAGAGUGUGUGUGUGUGUGUGUGUGUGUGUGUGUGUGUGUGUGUGUGUGUGUGUGUGUGUGUGUGUGUGUGUGUGUGUGUGUCUCCAUCUCUCUCUGUCUUUCUCCCUACUCCCCCCUCAACUUGCGGUUACUCGGUCUGUUCCCUUCACAGGGGCGCUGCUUUCCAUUGUUGCUGAACGGAAACAGAAAAGUUUUCUCAAAAGUGUUGAACACCGACAAAAAGGACCGUAGAGGAGAGACUAGAGCGCAGUAACUACUCUAUAUCUAUCUAUCUAUCUAUCUAUCUAUCUAUCUAUCUAUCUAUCUAUCUAUCUAUCUAUCUAUCUAUGUAAAGAUAUACAGUAAAUAUAUUUGCUUUUUGUUUUUGUUCAUCUUCUUACUCUGUGUGCUUUUAAAGCAAGGGAAUGGCUGUACUAGCUCCAACUAAAAAUGUGAACUCGUAGUAGUGUAGGAUAUUGUGAAUUCCUAGAAAAAAAAAUAUGUUUGGAUUUGAGAUCAACUCAGAUAUCCAGUGAAAGAAUGUAGUUUGUUUCUCUCUCUCUCUCUCUCUCUCUCUCUCUCUCUCUCUCUCUGUCUUUCUCCCUACUCCCCCUCAAUGUGCAGUUACUUGGUCUGUUUCGUUCACAGGGGCGCUGCUUUCCAUUGUUGCCUAACAGGGAAACAGAAAAGUUUUCUCAACAGUGUUGAACACCGACAAAAAGGACCGUAGAGGAGAGACAAGAG